AUGGCGGCUCCAAACGUCAUCGUCCCCGUCUCCAAGACGAAGGAGCUCAAGGGUACCGAGAAGCGAGACGCCCUGGUCGCCUGGGAGAAGCAGAUCCAAGCGAAAUGGGAGGCCGACCGCGUCUUCCAGCCCGACGCCCCAACGACCGACGAGAUUCCCCUGCACUCGAUCAGCCCCCAGGAGCUUCGAGAGAAAUAUCCAAAGUUCUUCGGUACAAUUGCAUAUCCUUACAUGAACGGCGUUCUGCAUGUCGGCCACGCAUUCUCGGACAGCAAGAUCGAGUUCAUGGCCGGGUGGGAGAGGAUGCAAGGCAAGAGGGUCCUGUGGCCUCAGGGCUACCACUGCACCGGUCUACCUAUUCGAGCAUCCGCGGACAAGAUCGCAAACGAGGUCAAGCUCUUUGGCCAGGAGUUCGAGAACUACAACGAGGACACCGAGAUCCCAAUAGAAAAGCCGGAUGGCAAAGAGAACACCGUGCAGGCCAAGAAUGAGGACGUCACGAAAUUCAAGGCCACCAAGGGCAAGGCGAACGCCAAGACGGUCAAGGCCAAGUACCAAUUCCAGAUCAUGGAGUCAGUCGGUAUUCCCAGGAAUGAGAUCCACAGAUUUUCCGACGCGAACUACUGGCUGGAGUUCUUCCCUCCCCUGUGCAAGCGCGAUCUUUCGGCCCUGGGCUGCAGGAUUGACUGGAGGAGACAAUUCGUCACCACUGACGCGAACCCAUACUACGAUGCAUUCGUCAGGUGGCAAAUGAUCCGUCUCAAGGAACUGGGCAAGAUCAAGUUCGGAAAGCGAUACACGAUUUACUCUGUCAAGGAUGGCCAACCUUGUAUGGACCACGACCGGAGUGAAGGAGAGGGCGUUGGACCUCAGGAGUACACCGCUCUGAAGCUGAAGGUCCUAGAAUGGGCACCCAAAGCGGCUGAGGCCAUCAAGGGAAAGCUCCCCGAGGGCUCCAAUGUCUUCUUCGUCCCUGCGACUCUGCGACCAGAAACAAUGUACGGCCAGACAUCAUGUUAUGUCGGACCCAAGCUCGUCUAUGGCAUUUACCAGGCUUCCGACAACGAUUACUAUGUCAUGACAGACCGCGCCGCUCGCAACAUGUCUUUCCAGGGCAAGCUGAAGGAGGACGGUGUCACUCCGAUAUCAAAGGCCGAGCUGAAGGGUUCUGACUGCAUCGGGACCUUGGUGCACGCCCCUCUGUCGCUGCACAAGGACGGCGUCCGCAUUCUGCCUAUGGACACCGUCCUUGAGACGAAGGGAACCGGUGUGGUCACCAGCGUUCCGUCGGACUCGCCUGAUGACUACGCAACCGUCCGGGAGCUCGCGAAGAAGGCCGAUUUCUACGGUAUCCAGAAGGAGUGGGCCGAGCUGGAAAUCUUCCCCAUCAUUUCCACGCCCAGCUAUGGAGAUAUCUGUGCCAAGACCCUAGUUGAGAAGCUGAAGAUUGCGUCGCCCAAAGACACGAAGCCCUUGGCCGAUGCGAAGGAACUUGCCUACAAGGAGGGCUUCUACCAGGGAACUCUCCUGGUCGGCAAAUACAAGGGCGAGAAGGUCGAGACUGCGAAGCCCAAGGUUCGAAACGACCUGAUCGAGGCUGGCGAGGCCUUCGCCUAUGCUGAGCCCGAGGGCGUUGUUGUCAGCAGGUCUGGUGACAAGUGUAUUGUGGCACUGAUGGACCAGUGGUACAUCAACUACGGCGAGGAGCAGUGGAGGGACCAGGCCAUUGACUGGGUCCAAAACAACCUCAACACCUACUCUGCUGAGACCAGGAAUGCCUUCGUCGGCGUCCUGAACUGGCUGAACCAAUGGGCAUGCGCGAGAACCUAUGGCCUGGGCUCGAAGCUGCCCUUCGACCCGACUUUCCUGGUCGAGUCUCUGAGUGACUCUACGAUCUACAUGAGCUACUACACCAUCGUGCCAUGGCUGCACACUGACCUCUUCGGCCGGUCGCAAGGCAAGGGCAAGAUAGCCCCCGAGCAGAUGAUUGACGAGGUCUGGGACUACAUCUUCUGCAGGAGAGAGCUGAGCGACGAGGUUCUGGAGAAGUCUAAGAUCCCCAAGGCGACCCUGGAGAGCAUGCGCCGUGACUUCGAGUACUGGUAUCCUCUGGAUGUUCGUGUCAGUGGAAAGGAUCUGAUUCCCAACCACCUUACUUUCUUCCUCUACAACCACAUUGCUCUGUUCCCUCCAGAGUACUGGCCCCGUGGAGUGCGUGCGAACGGACACUUGAUGCUGAACGGCGCCAAGAUGUCCAAGUCGACCGGAAAUUUCAUGACUCUGGAUGACACUGUCAAGAAGUACGGAGCUGACGCCGCCCGUAUUGCUCUGGCAGAUGCUGGCGAUGCCAACACCGAUGCCAACUUCGAGGAAGACGUCGCGGACAACGGAGUCCUGCGACUCUUCAACAACAGGGAGUGGAUCGAGGAAGUCUCCAAAGACCCAGAGCUGAGGACUGGGGCUUUGAACUCCUACCAAGACGUUCUGUUCGACAACGAGCUGAACGCCCUGGUGGCCGAGGCAAAGAAGGAGUACACUGCAACGAACUACAAGCUGGCCCUGAAGGCUGCAUGGUUUGACUUCACUUCCGCAAGAGACUUCUACCGUGAGGCAUGUAUCGGUGCGGGCAUCAAGAUGCAUAGGGAGCUGAUCUUCCGGUACUUUGAGCUGCAAGCCCUGGUUCUGGCCGUCAUUGCGCCACAUUUCUGCGAGUGGAUCUGGCUGGAGAUCCUGAAGAAGCCCCAGUCCAUUCAGCUGGCCCAGUUCCCUGAGGUGCCUGUCGUCAACCCGGCUCUGUCGGCUGCUCGUGAUUAUGUCCGCCACACGUCCAGCAACAUCAACAGCGCCGAGUCAGCCCAGCUGAAGAAGAAGGCCAAGGGCAAGGAGACUGUCUACGACCCAAAGAAGCCCAAGCAGUUGACCAUCUUCACGACCGACAAAUUCCCUGCCUGGCAAGAAAAGUACGUCGACCUGCUGCGUGAGAACUGGGAUGCCAACAACAAGUCCAUCACCAACGAGAAGGAGCUCAACGGCAAGAUCGGCAAGAUGGGCGAGAUGAAGAAGGCGAUGCCCUUCGUCAUGCAGCUCAAGAAGCGCCUGCAGUCGGGCGAAGAGCCCUCGGUGGUGCUGGAGCGUAAGCUCGCCUUUGACGAGCAGAAGACGCUGCUGGACAUGGUGCCGGGCCUGAAGAGGUCGACGGGCUUCCAGAGGAUUAUCGUGAUCAAGAUCCAGGAGGGUACAAAGAAGGGCAACGACCUGACGGACGGCGGCAAGGAGGUCGACAUCACCAGCCCCAUCGGUGACAAUGCUGUGCCUGGGGUGCCGAGCUUUUUGCUUGAGAACUUUGAGGCAUAG